AUGACGAGGUUCACGACCGCCGAGGCUUUACUAGACUUUACUACAUUCAAGUCUUCGAAAAUGGCUAGAAUUGGAGCUCAGGGUCCUCUUCCGAAGCCUCCGAUCCCGACCUUAGAUCACUCGCUCGAUCGUUACAUUGAAUAUGCUGAAGUGGUGGCUGAAGGACGUCGUCAACCGCUUCAGAGAACGCAACGAGCCGUCUAUGACUUCAGAAAAGCAGGCCUUAUCUACCAAAAAAGGCUGCUUCGGUUGGCUGAGAGCGAAGAGAAUUGG